AUGUCGAGAAAUGUGUUGGAUAGCGGUGGUUGUGGAGAUGGAAGUGAAGGACGCGGAGACUAUAAGGACAUUUACGAAUUAUUGGCAGAAUUAUGCAAAAAUUUGGCAGGACCGUCUGAAAAUCAUAGAGAAAUUUUACGUCACGUAACACAGUACAUAUCCAACUGUCCCACUGCUUUGGGCUCAACAUUGCCUUUCGACGAAACCUCAAUUCUAACAAAAAUCACACAUCAUCUUGACUCCUCUGUUGCUAAAAGUGUUACUUCGAAUUUAUGCCCUGCUGGAUCACAAUUCGGUGCAACGGGAAGUGAUUGUGCUAAUUCUAAAGGAGAAACAAGCAGUUUUAUAAACAAUAGUGCGUUAUUUUUAAAAUUUCAUGAGCAACUCAAAGCAGCACUUCCUGAUGAGCAUCAACGUACCGCAUUGCUAACUUUUCUAUAUUUUAUGUCUGACUCCAAAUAUUCAACUGAUAAUGGGCACAAUGUUGGGAAUGUUAACAGUCACCGUAGUCAAUUAAUGGCUUCGACUAACUCAGCGUUUCAAUCAAUCCGAUCACAUUUGUUGCACAAAACUUCUAGUCAGCAGCAACCUCAACAUUCCGUACUUCCUGUUAACAAUAGAGCCAGAAAUGAAGAAAGCGUAAAACCAAUGGUAUCUGGUCGUAGUGCCUUUAGUCGUAUGACACCUGAAAAUGAUCCAACCGGUGGAAAUUGUGGUGUUAUUCAUGGAGUAAACUUUACAUCUCUACGUGCUGAUGGUAGUAAAUCACUCGACCUACAAAAUAAUGUAAACGACGACAUAGUACAAAAUAUUAUAUACGUAUUUACGGGUAUUCAGGGAAAAUACCUCAAAAAGGACGUAAUAUCAGGACGUUUUAAAUUAGAUUCAAAGGUGAAGUCUUUAAACGUGAUUCAAGCAGGAAUGCUUCUGAGGCUUUCUGAAUUGGGGUACUACCAUGACUUGGUUCAGUCAUAUACAGAUAGCAAAAGUGGCUUAUGCCCUUUGGGUCUUAUGGGACAGGGGUUUGUGUCCGCUUUAAAAAAAGAACUAACUAGAUAUUAUGGCAUGGUUGCAACACUUCAAGAGCAGUUAAACAGGCAAAGAGAUCAUGAACAUAAAACAAUUUUAAGAGGCAACAGUAUUAUACCAAUGCGUCACGAAAGACUAACUUUAAUGAAAAUUCUAGUAUGGUCAGUUGACGCACUUAAGAGGUUGCAAUGGCUAGCGACUAUAGCGGAGGCAUGCCAGGAAAAGAAAGGUGGUGCUCUCGCUUCAACGGUACAUAGCUUUUUAAAUAACGGUAAUCCCACUGUAAAGUCUCUAGUUCGUGAGCUUUUACUUGCGAUUUGUGGUCCACUUUAUCAAAUGCUCUCACAUUGGCUGUUGGAAGGAGAAAUUUGCGAUCCACAUGGUGAGUUCUUCAUUGAAUGUUUGGCAGAAGUUGGACCUGAUCGCUUGUGGCAUGAUAAAUAUAGAGUACGCAUAGCUAUGUUGCCAAAUUUUAUGUCAACUGAAAUGGCACACAAAAUUUUGGUAACAGGAAAGAGCAUAAAUUUUUUGUGUGAAAUAUGUGAAGAUAAGAGACCAGUUAAAGGACGGGAUGAAUUACGUCUAUGUAUCGAAGAAAAUGCGGAUCACAUAUUUUCACGAGUAGCCGAUACGAAAUUGCAUUCGACUAUCGAUGCUAUUUACUUGAAUACUUCGAAGCGUGUGCUAGAUAUUGUCAUGGGCCCACAUAAACUUCUCGAACAUCUUCAGGCAAUGCGUCGUUAUCUUCUACUUGGACAAGGAGACUUUAUUGGAAUCCUUAUGGAAAAUUUGAAAUGCGAGUUGGAUAAACCAGCAAAGGAACUUUACUCUUACGAUCUUUCAUCGAUAAUGGAUGCCGCCAUAAGAUCAACAAAUGCGCAAUAUGACGAUCCAGAAAUUCUCAAUCAUCUAGAUGUACGGUUGCUAACACCCUGCGAUGGCGAUAUUGGUUGGGAUAUACUAUCAUUACAAUAUACCGUACGCGGACCUUUAGCUACAAUGCUCGAACCGUGUAUGGGCAUUUAUCAAAUCCUUUUCAAACCUCUAUGGCGUAUGAAACACAUGGAAUUCGUACUAUCCUCUAAAAUUUGGAAGGAUCAAAAGUGCAACGCAAAGCCACUCCGAGCUAUAGGCAGUGAACUGAAUCAGGUGCUCUAUCGCUUGCAUCUCCUCACGUCCGAAAUGAUACAUUUCAUCCAUCAGAUGCAGUAUUACAUACUCUUCGAAGUAAUUGAAUGUUCUUGGGCUGAACUGCAGGACCGUGUACAAAGUGCAAAGGCAUUAGAUGACAUCCUUGAUGCUCACGAUGAAUUUCUGAAUGCCAUUAAAUGUGGCGCUUUCCUUGACUCUAAUUCGGGACAAUUGUGCCAGAAUAUGGAAAACGUGUACGAUGGUAUAAUACGGUUGGAGUUGUGGCAAAACAAAUUCUACGAAAUCUGCUUUAAGGAGUUAUCAGCUCGUAAAGAGUAUGAAAAUCACAUAUUUAUAUCUGAAGAGGCAGGAGAAUUCGGAGUAACUGCUGAGCGUCAAUUAGAACGGGAUCAAGAGCGUAAGAUAUUCGAACAAAUAAUUGGAAGCUAUCACAAGUCCUUGGAUAACAUUUGCGCCGAUUAUGAAAAGGCAGUACGCUGCUUUUUGUUGGCACUGAAUUCGCAUAACGAUCAUAAUUUACAGUUAUUCGGCAUACGGUUGGACUUUAAUGAAUAUUACAAAAAGCGCGAUCAACGCCUUUGUGUGCCGUUGACUUUCGAGCACAUGCGAAUGAGUAUUAUGUUCAAUGGGAAUAAGAGUUUGGCGGGAAGUCGAUAUUCGGCGGUGAAUUGACAUACGCCCCUUUCGCUGUGGUGCAAUGCGGUCCAUUUAAGUGAUGACUGCUUUAACAAUAAUAAUAUUGAAUACAAUUCCUAUUUGAAUUCCCGAAAAUAUCUACCUAAAGCUUCUUCAGAGGAUUUGAAUAAAUAUCCCAGGAAAAGAAUUAAUAAACAAUCCAACGAAGGCAUAAUGUUAAUUUAUCCGCUAAGGGACCAACAAAUAUUAGGAAAACGAGAUUAUGAUAGGGAAGAUAUGUAUUGCAGUCACCAGAGUGCCAAUGCAAUUUUGCCAAGCUAUUUAACUACACGUACUUCAUUAGCAACUUCAAUACGUCCCAUAUUUAUAGCAGAGAAGAAUCGCUUUUAUAUGUCCUGUUGUGAAAUCUUGUAAAGAUAGUAUGCCACGGAUACAUCAGAUGAAGGUGGAACUUAUUUAAUUAUUUCUAUGAAAAAGUUUUGAAACAUGAAAAAAACUGCAAUAUUUUAUCUGUGCAUGUGAUGGAAUGAAUAUUAUAGAAAAAUGUCGAUUGUUUUAAAUUCUGAGUAUCAUUUUCGUUUAGUUUCCCCAUUUAAAUUAAACAAAAUAUUUUAAACCUAUUUUCGGUAUUUUAUAAAAAUGAAGCCCAAAUUAAUAUUUAUUGGUAGUAACUAUAUAGCACUUACUUUAUGAAAUUUCGAAGUUGUAAGACCUAAAUAUAAACAUAUUCGUAAUAGUUAUAAGUUGAUUUUUCUCGUUUAAUGAAUUUAAAUGUCAAAAGUAUUUUGUUAUUAGAAUAAACUCCACUAAAGAGAAAACAUUAAUGAA